AUGAGCGCGAGAGUGUAUUUUUUUCCAGAGCUCGGAAACUUUCAAGACCGCGGAACCCGCAUUCGAUAUGGCUUUUCCUUCACGUAUGGAACAGUCGAAAAUGUCUUUCGCUACCCUCACCACAAUCAAGCACGUCAGUUCAUCGUUACCUCGACCAAGCGCAAAAGAUUGCCACCUCUUGACGACGACGAAACGGGUCGAAUAAUCGUCAAAGGAGUCACAUUGCUGGAUUCCCCGGCGGUGGAUGGUACGACUUGCAUG